AUGCGUCUGUUCUUGGUGCGGCAUGGCGAAACUGAACACAAUGUUGCCGGUCUCCUUGCCGGGGUUUCUGAUUCGAGGUUGACCAACCAUGGGGUGCUUCAAACCCAACGUCUAGGGCAGUAUCUUGCAGCUCACCGCAACCUCCGCUUCACGCAUAUCUAUGCCUCUGAUCUCCAACGAGCCUACAUGACGGCCGAGGAGAUCCAGCGGCAUCAGUUGGGUCAAUGGUCUCUUCAACAUAGCGUUCCUGAAGUUGUGAAGCUGGAUCUUCUGCGCGAGCAGGACUUCGGAUCUUUCGAGUUGCUUCCCUGGGCAUCCAAGCGCGCUCAACAGGCCUUUGAGUCACAUCCUCCGGUCUCAGCAGACCAAAACUUCCGACCGCAGGAGACUUCCGAGUCCAUGGCGACAAGGGCCCAAAUCUUCUUGGACAAUUUUAUCAUGCCCUUGCUUGCUACCGGCCCAGACAAUCUGCUAAAUUCGACUAACCCUAUGUCACAGGACUGCGUUGCUGUUGUCUCUCAUGGCCUGUUCCUGUCCGUGCUUUGGCAGUCAUUGCUUCGCAAGUUCAAUGCCGGCAGUGUAAGACUAGGUCCUAAUAUUGAGGUGGGGGGAUACCUCAGACCGCUGGAAUAUCUGCCCUCCUGGAACAAUACUGCUUUUCUGGAAGUGACGAUUGAGCGUCCCACGGCCAUCGCCCCUACAGAUGCUUCACCACUAAAUCUCACGUCUGACACAGCAGCGCCUACACCGAAUCUCGAUGGACACUCGAUGGUGGUGCAUGCCAUCAACGGCCGGGAUCAUCUCGUUGAUCUGAAACGUGCUCGUGGUGGUUUAGGUUCGGUUCCAUACGAUGCGCGUCAAAAAUCUUUGCUUGGCUUCUUCAAGCCUUCACAGGGGAUGGCGCCCUAA